CAUACCUCCAAUUCCGGUAUCUCUCUAAACAAAGCUCUCCUCGAGAGCUGAUCGGGCGCUCUCGCAGCCGGCCGCGCUGGGUUAGAGGUUGGUCAGGUGCAUGUGCCUCCCAAGGAAAGCGGACCACAUGACAGACCAAUCUCUUCAUCCGUUCUUCAUCCAUCCAUGCCAAAUGCAAGUCCCAUCCUGCCCUCCUAGCCUCUCGUUCGGAUAGGACAAGGGCCAUCUCCACCAGCAUGCGAGGGGCGGGACACGGCCAAGUCAAGCAAGCCAAAGGCGGGGUGUGCCGGUGAGGUAAGAAAAAUAUUAAGGGAAAGCCCGAGAGCAUGCAGCAAUUGGAUUUUCUGAUGACGCCUUGGUCCAUUGUCAUUCGGUUGCAUAUUCCCUCUUCUUACUUUCUCAUCCUGGACUGCUGGACGGGUGUUUCUCGACUUGCUCUGCGUUGCAUCGAAUCCGUGCUUUUUUCAUAUACCCGUCCCCAUCUCCGUUGCCCUCUCCUGGGUCUUAACAACCUCCAGAGUCCCCCACCCAUCCACCCAGUGCCUCCUCACAUCGCCACCCUGUCGCCUCUUCAACCCGCGAGUUCUUCUACUUGAACCUCCACUCCUAUCUUGGCUUUUUUGUGUCUUUCUCCGUUACGCAUCGUCGUUCACUCGCACAUAGAACACCCCAUCUUUCUUUCCUAUUUUUUCUCCUGCUCCAUCUCGACGUUGAUCGCGGGCUCCCUGUCUCUCCUCAGCUUUCCAAGGUUGGCAUCAAUCUGUCCUGCGCGGAUUCAUUCCGCUGCCGAAGCUGGACGUUGCAGACAGAAAGAAAAUAACGUCCAGCAAGCGUCGCUUCUGGUCGACAGAUAAGACAGACAGACAGACAUCCUUAUCUUGACGACAUUGCCUGCCCUGCGUCAUAUCACACACAACCAAUCCCGGCUCGUCAACCACUAUCGACGGUUUCCCAUUGGCGAGUCACAGACCGUUCGCCAGGUAGUCCUCUUUAACUCAGUCCCACCUUACAAGCCUCAAUAGACCUCGUUUUUGGUCGACUUCCUUGGCAACUUCAUCCAAGACAAUAGUGUAGAGGCAACCAUCAACCGGUCUCUUUCGGUUUUGGUACCCAGGCCUUCUAUAAACUCCCAGAAGCUGCCAUCAUGUCAUUGAACCGCGUAGCAUCGGUGGAGACGUUCCAGUUCGUUCCUCAAGCGCAGGGCUCGAGACGAGGCAGCGACGCCUCGAGUGUGAGAGCUGGAAGGCUGACCUUUAACCCCCUGCCUGACGAGUGGGAUCCCGCGGCAAACAAGCUCGACACCGUUCUCGCUGUCGGCGCUUUCCAAGUUCCGCAAUGGAAGAGAAUCCUCCAAGUCAUUGUGGCAGUAGUAUACUGCCUCUUCGGUGCCGGCGUUGCUUUUGGCUUCGCAGCACUGAAGCCGGUUCUCAAGCGCGAAGGUGCCUACAGCGACAUAUGCUCGGCUGACGACCCGCGCUCGGCCCCGGACGACACCUGCGUCGAGAUUCACCUCAACCUGAUGUUCACGGUGGCAGCCGUCGGCACCAAUAUCGCGGCUCUGCCCGUUGGUGCCCUGCUUGACCACGCGGGUCCUCGUGUUUGCGGCCUCGUGGGCAGCCUCUUUCUGAUCGUGGGCUCGCUUCUGAUGGCAUAUGCCAAAAGCCUGCCUUUCGAUGGUUUCCUUGUCGGAUACCUCGCACUUGCUCUCGGCGGUCCGUUCACCUAUAUUUCGUCUUUUCAGCUGUCCAAUGCCUUCCCCAAGCAUUCUGGGCUUAUCCUCGCACUCUUGACGGGGGCCUUCGACGCCUCUAGCGCCCUGUUCUUGGUCUACCGCCUCAUUUACCAGGCGACCGAGGGAGCCUUUGGCCACGAAGGAUUCUUCAAAGCUUACCUGGUUGUCCCGUUCCUCAUCAUCGUUGCCCAGUUUGUGUUGAUGCCCAAGCAGUCGUACAAGACGGUGGGAGAGUUAGUUGAGCUUCAAGUGGAGACGGCGGCGGCCAACGACGCCGACCCCGAGCUGUACGACGAUCAGGUCGACGAGAACACCGCGCUCUUGCGUGAAGAGCGCCGCCACCGCGAGAUCGUCGUCGCCGACAUCGAGCAGCUUCUGGGCACCCAAAAGGCGGACAAGCAGAGCCGCAAAGAAGAGGAGAAGAAAAACGAGACAUCGGGUGUCUGGGGCGUGAUGCACAAUCGCACCGCCCUGCGGCAGAUUGCCUCGCCGUGGUUCAUCCUCAUCUGCAUGUUCACCGUCAUCCAGAUGCUUCGCAUCAACUACUUCGUCGCCACAAUCCGCGCCCAGUACGAGGUCAUCUUUGGCGACCACAACAAGGCCGUCGAGGUCAACAACUUCUUCGACGUCGCCCUGCCUGUGGGGGGCAUCCUCUCCAUCCCCUUCAUCGGUGCGCUUCUCGACCACACCAGCACCGUCACCGUACUCGCCGCCCUCGUCACCAUCGCGACCACCAUCGGUGUCCUGGGCGUCAUAAACAACACGUGGGCAGCCUACAUCCAGAUAUGUCUCUUUGUGCUGUACCGCCCCUUCUACUACACUGCCGUCUCUGACUACAGCGCCAAGGUGUUUGGCUUCGAGACCUUUGGUACCGUAUACGGCACCAUCAUCUGCCUGUCAGGCCUCUUCAACUUCCUUCAGUCCGGGCUCGACGUUUUGUUCCACCAGACGUUUGGCGGCGACCCUGUGCCGGUCAACGUCAUUCUGCUCUCUGCCGGCUUCGCCGUGGGCGUCAUGCUGGUUGGUUAUGUGGCGCUGAAGGCUCGGAGGCUGAAGCGCAAGAUGCUGGAGCAGGAGGCCGAGGCUGUGGCCGGAUUCCACAACUAAAAAUGCGCGAGGGUUGUCGGUUUCUUUUUUUUUAUCUGCCCUAGUUCGCAUGAGCCACGUAUCGGCUGGUGACUAGUUGUAUCCUUGCCGGCGCUACUUAUGUUCCAU